ACCCCAUGGCUGGCAAACUUGUAGCAGUGGGUGGAGGAGAGAGUGACAAGGAGGUGUUCGAUGAGGACGAGAGAAACUUCCUGAGAGACGAGACUGGAGGUAGUCGGGGGACGGAGUCAGCUAGACAGAUGAUAACGUUGUUAGAGAGAUGUCUUCGCUGAGCAAAUCGUGGAUUCUGCUCGUAGGCUUAAUACUUUUCUACGUGACCUAUCUGAUGCUUGGGGCACUCGUUUUCUCCAGCAUAGAGCGGCCAGUCGAGGAACAACUCAAACUUGACAUAGAAACGCUACGACAAGAGUUUCUUAAUCAAAGUUGCAUAAAUGAUUCUUCGCUCGAUAUAUUUUUGGUAAAAGUUUUGGAGGCCAACAAGUAUGGAGUGUCUAUCCUGCGGAAUUCCUCACUGGAUUCAAACUGGGAUCUGGCUUCCUCUUUGUUCUUUGCAAACACUUUGGUAACAACAGUCGGUUACGGGCACACCACUCCUCUUUCAGAUGCAGGGAAGGCCUUCUCCAUCUUCUACGCCCUACUGGGCGUCCCCUUCACUAUGCUGGUGCUGACGGCCUGCGUCCAGCGCCUCAUGUACCCGCUGGUCUACGCUCCCGUGGGGCUGGUCCAGCGGGCCGGCCUGACCCAGCGCUCAGCCACGGAGGUCCACUUCCUGGUUCUGACGGUUGUGGUGGUGCUGUGCUUCUUCAUGGUGCCUGCGGCGGUCUUCAACACGUUGGAGGAGAACUGGUCCUUCCUGGACGCUGUGUACUUUUGCUUUAUCUCGCUGUGCACCAUCGGACUCGGGGACUACGUGCCAGGGGAGCAGGCAGGACAGAGGCUCCGGCCUCUUUAUAAGAUCUCUGUCAUGGUUUACCUCUUCGUAGGCCUGCUGAUGAUGUACCUGGUUCUGCGCGCCUUCCACAAACUGGCCGACCUGCAUGGCCUCACUGCCAUGCUGCAGCUGCCCCACUGUGAAGAAGACGAGGACGAGGACAAGACGCCCAUCGUGGAGGCCGGUCCACAGGACCAGCAGCAGGCUGACAAGGCUGCCAGCAAGCCCCUAGACCCCGGAUCACAGCUCUCGUACAACUCCAUCAACAGAUAGCUUAGCCCGGGCUAGCUCAGGUCUCUCUCUCUCUUUUUCUCUCUUGGUUUUCUGUCUCUCUCUCUGUCUGUCCCCCUCGCCAUCUCUCCCUGUUUCUCAUUCUCUUUCUGUGUCUCUCUCUCUCUCUGACCCACUUUCUGUCCUGUUUUCUCUGUCUCUCUCUCUCUCUUUCCUCUCUCUUCUCUCUAUUUCUGUGUCUUCAGAAUAUUGACACCAUGUAAUUCACCUGCAUUCAGGUUCCAGGACAGCUAGUCUACAAUGUUCCACAUUGAUGUGGGGAGGUCGGUGGUGACUAAUUUACAGUUUUGGAUCCUAGUUUGGGUGUUGGGGGUGGGGGGGCUGUAAAGUGAAGCCUUAAUGUUACCAGGAAACCUGCCAUCACCACAAGGCCUAUGCCAGGCUCUGAACCACCAGACUACAGCAGCCUGAGCAGACCAAAAAGAGCAAACCUGACCUCUUCAGAUACGCAGGUUCACCAGGUGUGACACUGCUGGGUUGGUCACUCUGCUCAGCAUUGACGUGCCCAUCCACAUCACGCAGGGAUUGACAAGGAGUUCAUUUUUAAAUACUGUUAUUCUCUCUUGACCAAAAAUGUAUGACUUAUGUUCGGAAAACCAAACUGGUAUGCUAAUGUAUUGUGUUGGAUCUUGUGUUUGUGUCAUUACAUGUUUCUGUUGGAACUGUGUGCCUUUUGGUCAGGGCAACUGUUACACACGUUCAACACUACGCACACAUUCCACACAUUCAACACAACACACAGGUCACCAGAGUGGUCUUUUUUGAGACCAUGUUUGGCAAUGCAGAAUACAAAAAAUGCCAUGGGCUGGCUUCCUAUGUGGUGCUGCCCCCUACAGUGUCUGCUUAUGUAUUGCAACAUGUUUAUUGUUUGCAGGAAUGACAGGGCCAAAAGGUUUCAAUGGAGGGAAGUGAUGAUAGAUGGUUAUGAAAUUUCCACGUAUGUUACUGAGGUAUUUGGUGGUAGACUUUAACAUUAUACCAAAUGCUACUUCCAUUGCAUGUAUGUUUCUUUGUGUCGGUAAAAGAUACUUGUGUCAAGGUACAAUAUCAUAUAUCAAUUUAGUGGAUGUUUUGGACGUGUCCUUAGUAUUGUGAUAGUUUUGAGGUGAUUUCCCAGACACCCUCAGAAAUGGAUUAGAGACUUUGAUCUUCAAUCGAAAACAUGUACUGAAAGUAGUUUGAAGAUCAGAGGCCUAAUUUGUCAAACGUUCUUGGGAGUUAACCACAUUUUUAUCGCAAUAUUUUUCCUAAAUGUGUUUACGCAAUUUAUUAAAAUUUUCUUUAGUUAUUGUUUUACUUCAAUUACAUUGUAGUGGGCAAUAUAGGCUAUCCCUCUGCAAGCGCUCAAUAGUGGUUUCUGCUCAAGUAUUCAUGAUAUGCCAGCAAUACAGUUCACGAAUCAAGAGGAUUUCUACUAAUGCACAAUUUAAGAUGAUCAAGUCGGUGCGUGCGCACAUUUUUUUAAAUGAAGUUGGGAUUAUGAAUCUACUGUAUUUUGGGGAAAUGUAUCAUAAGUUUAUUAUAUUUUGAAGAAUACUGUCCAUAUUGAGCAAUGUAGGAACGUUUCUGAAGAGCACUUUAACUGUUCACAUCCUGCCAGGUGCUCAUGCCUCUCUCCGUCCAUGACAGGACGCUGCUCCUCUUAAAUGGACCCCAUCAAUCCUAAUACUGUAUUUGUUGUAGUUUAUCCCAGCAGACUGACUGAAAACUGUUAAAUGUCCUGUAUGAUAGCGUAUUGAUCGAUAGUUAAUUACAGGGUGAGAUUUUAAUUCAAAUGCAUGUAAUGUAUUCAUAGCCAAUUAAAAACUUCACCUUGUUAA